AUUGUUGCUGAUGAAAUAUUGGGAAUUUUUGUCCCAAUUCUAGUUUACUGGGUAUAUUAUGGAAUGUACCUUCUUCUGGAUUUAAAAAUAGAUGAAAAUUAUAGAUUACAUACAAAAAGAGAUGAGAUGGAGAAGAAUACAGUGGACAAAUCAACUGUCAUAAAAGGUGUUCUCCUUCAACAGUUCAUACAAGCAAUCACAACAACCAUAUGUUAUAUGGUAAGAAAAUAUAUAUACAUAAUUAAGGUUAAUCGAAAGGGUGGUGAUGAUGUUGAUGGAGAUGAUAAUAAUGAUGAAAGGUCUAUGGUGAUGACAAUUAUUAUUUUGGGAUGGCAAUGGGGUAUUGCUAUGCUGGUUGUGGACACAUGGCAAUAUUUCAUGCACCGCUAUAUGCAUCAGAACAAAUAUUUGUACAAAUAUAUUCACUCCCAACACCACCGGCUGGUGGUGCCUUACGCAUUUGGAGCUCUGUACAAUCAUCCUUUGGAAGGGCUUUUGGUGGACACAAUGAGCGGAGCAUUGUCAUUUUUUGUGUCUGGUAUGUCACCUAAAACGUCAAUAUUUUUCUUCUCCUUCGCCACUAUCAAAGCCAUCGAUGACCAUUGCGGGUUAUGCCUUCCUUGGAAUCCAUUUCAUAUCAUCUUCAAAAACAACACUCUUUAUCACGAUGUGCACCAUCAAUUAUAUGGCAACAAGUUCAACUUUUCCCAACCCUUUUUGGUCAUGUGGGAUAAGUUGUUUGGUACCUACCUUCCCCCUACUACUCUUCACUGUGUACCAUCUAAUUAG